CCAUAAACUGCAUUUCAGUGCCAAGCUUUGUGUUUAUCGUUGGAAGAAAAGUGCGAGUGAAAACAGAAAAUAUUCCCAAAAAACUAAAAAAUCCGUGAUUCUGUCAUUUCAUUUCGAAACGUUUACGAACCAUGCUAUCCCGUGCGGUGGGAACGCUAUGUCCACAAGUGUGCCCGGUUUAGGUGGUAGUGGAAAACUACAACAGCAUUACUCCCAUCAGCAGCAGCAGCAUCAUCAUCAGAAGAAGAAGCCGCCAUCGUCGUCUUCUCGGGUGGAGCAGCUCAGCCUUCCGCCGAACGUGAACGGCCGUCGACGGGGAACGUUAGAGGUGCGUCUGUCCGCCAUCCGGUGGACAAGUGCCAAAAGCUAUCCGGUGGUGGAAGUUCGAUUGCUGUGGUGGGGACAGAACAAUCAGAAAGUGGGAUCUGCUGUUUUGCGUUGGGAACAGGCAAGAGUAAACGGAGAAGUCGGGGAACGGGUGCAACAGUAUCAAGUGCUAACAAGCGAGGAAUUAUUUCGAAAGUAUUUAAGGGCAGCCGAACCGAUACAGGUUCGAUUGGUGUCGAGUAGAACGGGAAGUUUGGUGGGUACGGCAGCCGUUUCCGUACCGGGGAAGUUGGUAAAUUUUCGUGCGGGUGAGCAAGUGGAAGCCACAGGAAGAGCGGAGAUCGUCAGCGGAACGGGUUUUGCUUUAGGAGAGAUUUGCUUUGAGUUUGAUCUGAUAUUCGAUACACCGGAGGACAAGGAAAACAACAAAAGCAUGGUUCAGCAGCCAGUGAAGAAGCCACUUCCGGUGGUUCUUCCGGAAAGAGAACUGCAGGUGAAAGGAGUUGCGGUUUCAUUGCACAAUGGAAGAGAGCCAAAAACAUUCCGAUCUUUGGACAACCAUUCUCAAUACAAAGUCCUAAACUAUUUAUCGGGUAAUGCUAUUUCCGGAUCUGAGGACGAAACGCUCAGCGAAAUAUGUUCAAUUUCACCCGCAGGAAGCAUGAUGGAUGCAUUGGAUAAAUAUGAUACCGCGCCGAUCCCGAGAAAGGUGGAAUAUUUGAAAUCCGUCGACUCGGUCCGAAUGUUGGUUGAAGGUCUCAAGUUCACUAAGGCUGGACUGAAAGAGAUUAUUCACAAAACUAAGCUGGCAUCAUUAAUUGACGUGGGAUUUCAGAUUAAAGUAAAACUCCCUUCUCCGCAAUCGAAUGCUGUUCCCAAGCUUAAGUUUGUAUCAACGUUUGUUUCGGAUACUGGAGAGGUUGCUUUCAAUAAGAAAUCUGUAUCUAAGAUUUCGCUUCCAAUGAAACCUGAAGACAGUGGAUUUGAGUUUCUCGUUUACUUGAUGCUUGGUCCUGCUUUUCAUCAACGGUCAACGACUAAUAGAUCGAUCUUCCUGGGUUCAUCAAUAAUCAAAUUGGAUGAAUUAACCCAAAAUAGGCUCGCCUGCUACAAACGAUGUCCAGUUCGGUUGGCCUCCGACGACAUUCUCCUGGGAAUGCUGACUGUCCGUCUGGAACUGGGUGCUCGUGGCUUGCACUUUGGAUCAGAGCUCAUCGAUGCGCUACAUUUAGAUAAAGAAAACGUAUCCAUCAGCAGUUCAUCGAGUGAAAACGAUUUGCCAACACAGUGUUGGUCAUUCAAACCUCUUCAGAAAUGCAGGAUAGGUUCCGCAGGACAUCCCGCUCAGUACUGUCUACCAUUAACUUGCAGUCAAGAUCAGCAAGGAACCGCACAAAACGCUCCGAAAGAUCUGUCUCCUACACAAAAUUCACCCUCGGAUCCGAAUUCUCGACAAGACGUUCCGCAACAACAAGGAUCUUCUAAGAUGGAUACUGGGCCAAAAGCGAUGGACACUGUAGAAACUCCUGCGGAACAACCUAAGAAUCUUCUACAUGGAGUACUUCAUCUUGGAAAUCUGAAAGAAUGCCCGAUUUUGACGGCAGGUGGAUAUUUCCUGGUGGCGCACGGUUUCUGGACGGACGAAGAUAAUCCGGUUCUGACUACGGAACUGUCUCAAGAUUGUAAAACAAUCAAUUAUUUGAUAACCUUUCCGAUACUUCCUAAUAAUCGCUUUUUGGAGCGUACAAAAAAUCAGCACAUGUUAGUGGAACUGUGGCAGAAAAUUCCAGGCACCACCGAAAAGCUUGUAGGAGUUACUCGGCUUCCGUUGCAUCAGUUCUACAUUGCUUUCCGAGAUGCUCAGUUGGCGGAACAUUUGUCCCGUGCCAAACUUCCGGUUAUCUCCAUCGAUGGAUGGAGUGGUAUCACAUCUCCACUUGCAGCAGAUCCGUGCGGUCAAGUGCACGCCGUGCUGGCCAUCGGAACCGAAAACCAGAUCGAGUACUUGAAGUUGUCCCGAGGUUUGACGCACACUUCUGGCGAUGCACCGAUGACCUCAAACAAACCUACCGUACCGGACGCAAAACCAGAUCAACCACCAUCGCAAACAAUGGUAACUCCCUCAACGGCCAUUGCCCACCAGCGUGAUGUCGAUUCGUAUCGGCCAAUUAGCACUACGAAUACUGGCAAACAGCAAUCCGAAGUUGCCAACAUGCUGUCUGCAUUCAUUGAAAAUCUUGCCCAACGGCUGCCAAUCUCAUCGGAGAGAAGCACCGCCCCAUGCUACGAUCAGAAUUUCGCCGACAACCGUCAAGCAACUCCUCCGCCGCCCAUUCCGUCGUCACCACAUUCACAGGCCAACAAUCCCCAACUGCGCAAAACGUCCGAGCUCUUAGAAAACCUACAACGAGCAUUGGCGCAGAAACCAUCGGAAAACGUGGCCACCAACCUGUUGACCCAAUCCGCUGCAUCCGAGGCGACGUCGCCGCCCCAGUCAGAACCCCCCCAGAAACAGCCAACCAUACCAGCAGAGGAAAAACUGUUCAAGGUUUCGAUCGAGAUUGAGCAGGCCGUCAACCUACCGAAGGUAAACGUUGGGAAAAAGUUCGGAAAGCGGAACAAGAAUCGCACCCAACAGCAGCAGGGCGCCAGUCAACAGCAACGCGUUGAAGUGGAACCGAGCGCCUAUGUUACGUUUGAAGGGUACAACCUGCAGCCGGGAAUGGCCGAUACGGUUAAAUCGCACGAGGGCAUCGUGUACACGACGGCGAUCGUGGAGGGAUGCUGCAGUCCCAGCUGGAAGAAGAAAUUCGACGUCCGGCUGCCGGUGGAUCUGAUGACUAAUGACGAGAAAAGGUUCAUUCUUAAGGUUUGGCGCAAAGCUGCUGUUCACAACACCAGUUCGGCAUCAUCGGUCAAGGCUGCCGCGUUUCCCGCACCAAUGGAGGAUGCCGUAGUAGGUUUUACGGCGGUGGAUCUGAGCGUGUUCCUGAACGGGAUGCCCUGCAUACUCGGGUGGUACAAUAUUAUGGAUUUUUCCGGACGAUGCAACGGCCAGAUCAAGGUUAAUAUCCAACCGCUUGAGAACGUCACUGUGUACAAAGGUUUGGAAGAAGGCGUCAACUUCCAAAUUCCGCUUUCAAUUGACGUCGAAUGCGGUGGACUUGACGGUGGAAACACUUCGCUGAGUCGUGCCCUGAAACGAAAGUUCACUGAGCUCGAAGAGAUCACUCAGCGUUUGCGCGCCCGUCUAUUCGACGUUACGGGCGAUGAAAACGUCGAUCCGGAUGACGAGUUUGAACGCGAUCUCAACACCGAAGCGGACGAAGAAGAAGACGAUGAGUGGAUCGAUCCUCUGGAGGAUAAAUCUGGCCAAAAACGUAACAGUCAAUUCCCGAAUGGUUCGCAGCAAACAAGAACCACCAACACCUGUUCCUACACGAUGUCGUCCGAACAUCGCGCAUCGGAACGAAGUCUGACCGGAUGCUCGGACCGCUCCACCCAAAUCGACAGCGAUGCCGAAAACCGUUUGCUGUUGGAAAAGCUUCUCAAGAGCCACGAUCUGGACACGCUGAUUAAUCCGAACAUACUGAAGAACCUCAUCAACCCGAUCAUGUCCACUUCGGAGUCAACCCCUAUGACAAAUCCAUACGCAAACAUACUGGAAAGCGAAUCCUCCGGUGGUACCAGUGCGGAUGCCGAUAUGAGUGAUGAUUCUGUCGUGGCCGCUGGUGACGGAUCGACGUCGGACAAGGUCAAGCUGAUCUCAUCGGCUCUUCAAAGGGCAACCAUUUCCGAUGAGUCGACACCGCUGCAAACUGCUGAAGGUAGUUCCGGGCGGCAGGAUUCCACCGAUUCCAACAACAGCGGCAAACGGGAGGCACCGGAGGGAGAACCCAUGAAGGUAAACGAUAAGUAAGUUUUCCAUUUUCGAAUUUUUAGCUGCCUGCAACAUUUACCUAAACAUUAAGAUCAAUACAACCUAACAUGAUAUGCUUUUACAACAAAUUCGUUACAUAUAAGCUGAUCAUACAAAUACCCAAACGCAACAUUAGGUGAAACGUUUUCAUAUACGUAUACUAAAGGACUACUUUUACAAAUAACAUAGCCGUUGGAAUAGAGCAAUCGUAUAAGUAUUCGCCGAUAUUAUCCUAGUAAAUAAAUGCUUACUUUGCCACGCGCUAUACAUUA